ACGCUCUCGGACAGCGACCUCAACAAGUUCAGCUUCAUUCAUCGGCCGCAGCUUCAGAAAAUCGUUCAAGACAUCAAAAAGAACGACGACAGCCUGUUCAACAGAAUAAAAAGGUUUCAGAAUGAACAAGCGGCUAAUAUUCUGAAAACUGGCAGAACAACACUGGACCGGCUGAAGAAGAAAGAGCCGCCCAAAGUUCCAGCAAGAGACUAUCAAGAUGAAGCUCCGGAUGCUGACAGAUACUCUGACUCAGACUUUGACAGCGACACGUAUGAGGACCCGCAGGGCGAUCAUGACGACAGUUACGAGCCUCCGCCCAGAUCUGAAGCCCACAAUAUGAAGCCCUUCACUGUGUGUCCGUCCAUCACAAACCCCAGAGGAGAAUAUGUGGACAGCUGUCGUGGUCGAGCGCCAAAACCCAACCAACCUUUAUAUCCUCAACACAGACACACAACCCAGCAAACAACCCAGCGCAGGCUAGCAGUGGAGGAGGACGAGGACGACUACAUCGAGCCAGAAGACCAAGUGGAGGACGAUAAUUACAUCGACCCCACGGAGAGAACACUGACAAAGCCGGUGGUGAACAGAGGAGUCAAACCCUGUGUUUCUGCUCAUGCAAAUAGUCCCGAUUUCUAUGAGAUUCCUGACAUGAAGGAGAAUUCUGAAUCUAAGAAAAGGAGUCCCACAACUCUACAGCCCAACACACAGAUGGCGCCUCCUAAAGCCAGUCCACGACAGCAGACCAGAAGACCAACAAUAACUACAAAACCUGAAUCAGAGGACGAGUAUGAAGUGUGUGACACAGAUGAAAGUGUAAAUGAAAACCCAGAGGAGAACACGGAGACCAGAAGACCAUCAAUACCAACACCUCGACCUCGAGAUCUGAAAAAAACAAACCCUGCUUCGAUAUCGAGACCAAGCAUUCCUCGCAAAAACAGUGACGCUUCUUCGAAUAAAACGGCGCCAGUUAUUACAGCACGAAGUCCACCGAGAACCACAUCGACCCCGCCGCCAACAGGAUUCCAUCGAGCCAAGAUGCCUUUGCCCCGACAGCUUCCCUCCCAGAGCAGAGGGACGCUGCCUUCAGAAAGCAGAUCAGCGAAAGAUGCUGAAGAGGAAGCUGGUGUGUAUAAAAAGGUUUGGUACGCCAGCGGGUGUGACCGCAAAACAGCAGAGGACGCUCUCAUACGCUCCGCUAAGGAUGGCUCUUUUCUGCUGAGGAAAAGCUCUGGUGUAGAUGCGCAGCAGCCAUACACACUGGUGGUGUUUUACAACAGUCGAGUGUACAACAUCCCUGUCCGAUACAUCGCUUCCACCAAACAAUACUCUCUGGGGAAAGAAAAACAAGGAGAGGAGCGUUUCAGCAGCGUGUGUGACAUGAUUGAGAACCAUCAGAAGAAUCCUCUGGUCCUGGUGGAUUCCCUGAGCAACACCAAAGACUCCACCAAACUCAGACACGCAGUGAAGCCUUGACACGAGGACACUUUCUGACAGAUAUAACGGAGCAGGUUUCACAUUUUACCUUAUUAGACGGUGGAGGAACAUCUGAGACGUGCUGCUACCGAUACUGCUGAAAACGGGCUGUGCUUAUAGUCGAAAACUGAAGCGAGAGGAAUUAAAUGAGUGUGUGUUUGGUUUGAAUGCUGAGGGCAGAAACAGCAGCACCUGCAGCGCAACCGUGAAAAAAGUCCGUGUUGCGCACCAUUAAAAAAUAUAUGUGAGAGACAUUAUGUAAAACAAACGCUUAACGUGGCCUAAUACAUAAAGAAAGAGAUAUGUAAAGACAUUAUAUAUCUGUGUUGUUAAAAAUAUUGUUUAGCUAUGAAGACGAACCCAGAAUAUAAACACAAUAUGCUAAUUGUAUGCUAACAUGCUACGUGUCUUCCCAUAAAAAAAUUUAAAAAAAAAACAUUCAUUCAGUCAUUUUCCUUUGGCUUAGUCCCUUAUUUUCAUAGAAAAUAAAUUACAUUUAAAAAGUUAUAAAUUAAAUUCGAUAUAUGUUAAAAUAUUUUCAACGCAUAUGUUAAGCAAAUGAAUGCAAAUACGCGAUAUAUGCAAAUCACAUACAGAAAUCUGAUAGGCUAUAAGGAAAUAUAUGCAAAUCAGAUGACAUGCAGGCUUAUGUUUGGAUUUUAGACAUGCAAAUUUCAUUCAUUCAUUAAUCUUCCUUCGGGUUAGUCCCUUUAUUUAUCAGGGGUCCCCACAGCAGAAUGAACCACCAACUUAUCCAGCAUAUGUUUUACAUGGUGGAUGCCCUUGCACUCACAACCCAGCACUGGGAAACAACCAUACACACUCAUUCAAACUCACACACUACAUGCAUGGGAAACUCACCCCAACACGGGGAGAACAUGCAAACUCCACACAAAAAUGCCAUGUGACCUAGCCGGGGCUCGAACCAGCAAUCUUCUUGCUGUGAGGCCCCCAGAUGUCAUGUAUACAACAUAUAUUUCUAAAAAUUGCAAAAAUGUCCAAUUAUAACAAUAAUUUAGCCAUAAUAAUAAUGUACAUAUGUUCAAAUUAAAUUGCAAUAAUUUUUCAUAUAUGGCCAUAUAUCAGAUUUCCAUAGAGGCAAAUUCAGUAUAGAAUUAUUCAUUCAUUCACUUUCUUUUCGGCUUAGUCCCUUUAUUAAUCCGGGGUCGCCACAGCGGAAUGAACCGCCAACUUAUCCAGCACAUGUUUUACGCUGCGGAUGCCCUUCUGAAACCCAUCUCCGGGAAACAAAAUUCAGUAUAGAAUAUGUUACUAUAUUUAAAUAUUACAAUUAUUUUUUAACACGUUUUAGGAAUCUAUAACACAAUACAUGCAAAUCAGAUGACAUACAAGCGUAUGUUUGGAUUUUAGAGAUAUGCAAAUGUCAUUUAUUCAACAUAUAUUUUUAAAUAUUGGAAAAAUGUCCAUCUAUAACAAAAUUUUAACCAUUAAAGCCAUAAAAAAUAUGUACAUGUGUUUGAAUAAAUUCGCUGUAGUUUUCAUAUAUGACCGUAAAUCAGGCAAAUUCAGCAUAGAUUGCUAUUUUAUAUAAAUAUUAUCUGUUUAUAAUGUAUGAAUCCACUUUAAGCACUUUUUCAACCAUUUUAUGAGUAGAAAUCGCUUAACAUGCUAUUUAGGGUGUUGUACUUUCUGGGUUCAUUUGCAUAUCUGUAUGAAGAAUCUUUUUUUUAAACUGUAUACCAAAUUUCAUUUUUAUAAAUAACAUUCUUAAAACAUUAAGUCACGUUAAGCGCUUUUUAUGCUAGGUGUUUGUUUGUUUGUUUGUUUUUUUGUGGUUGUAAACUCUUCAGAAAAGUACAGAAAAUGUCAUAUUAAUCAACAUGCAAAUCAGGUACAGCUGUACAGUUCAUAUAUCGUUCAUUUAUUGUUGGAUAUUGUAUUAAACAUACUGUUUUACUUCACAUAAGGUGCGUGGCAAUAAAAUAAAUAUGAAAAAA